AUGAUAAAAACUUUGAGUCCAUCAUCUUAUAAUUAUGAAUUAAGAUGCUUUUUGAUUGGUAAACCAUAAAAUUAGAUUUAAAUUUUUAGAAUAUUGGAAGAAAGACUUCAAAAUACAACUGAUUUAGAUUUAAAAGUCACAUAUUUGAUGAGAUUUAAGAAGUAGUUUAAAAUCUAGGUAUCUAGAGAGGAUAUAGAUUCACAAUGUAUUAAGAAUUAAAAAAACAUUUAAAAACAUUAUUGAGAACUUAGAAUAAUAAUGGUAAAGUUUAGAUGAUAUAAAAUCAUAUAUUGAAUGUGUUAUUGAUUAUUAUAAAACUAUAAUCUGA